AUGGAAUCCCUUUAUUUUCAAUUAAAAGAUCCAAAGAUACAACAGAUAGAUAUAUUUUUAGAAAAAACAGAAAGUCCAUAUUCGGAGUAUUUCAAAAAUUUAGUAAAGAAUGUGACUGCUGCAUUAUUGGAAACAAGGGAUAUCAAUCUUUAUUUGAAACCUCUGGAAAUUUAUUUCAAUGAGAUUGAAAACGUUGAAUUCAGAGAUAUAAUAUGGAAAUUAAAAAUACUACUGCACUGCGUUUGUUUAAUGUGGGCGAAUUCGAGAUACUAUACCAUGCAAAGAAUUAUUGCUCUGUUGCGAGAAAUUUCAAAUUUAUUGAUCUCUCAGGCAGUGAAACAUAUAAAUCCGUCGACUUUAUUCGAAGGAGACAUCGAAGACAAUAAAGUGAAGAUAGCAGAGGUAAUACCGAUUCUCAGCAAUUAUCAAGAAUUGUUUCGAACAUUUAAAGAGAAGGUAGAAGGUUAUUUUAAAUCGCAAGAACCUAUACCUUGGUCAUUUCACGAGAAGUUAGUUUUCGAAAGAAUUCAUAUGUUCGAGAAGAGGCUUAAGGAAAUCGAGUCAUUAUUUGAUACGGUACAAGAUUAUUUGAAACUAGAAAGAAUAGAAAUAUCUGGUUUAAAAGCGAAAUCAUUGCAAUAUAUGGCUAAUAAUAUUUAUGAGGAAUUUGUUAAAUUGUAUCAACAAUUUGGAGACGUAUCCUAUGAAGUUUUAAUGCCUGAAGAAGAACAAUUUACUACAGAUUUAGAUGAAUUCUUCGCCAUGAUAGAGCAGUUCGAUCGACGAUUGGCAAGCAUUUUUGACCAAGCAUUUGCAGAAUGUCACAACCUAGAGUCGUUUUUUAAAUUUGUCUGGAUAAUGGGUGUAAUUGCCAAUAGACCUAUAAUAAUGGCACAAUUGUGGCACAACUAUGAAGAAAUAAUUCAGAGAAUAGAUCAACACUUUAGUAACAUUAAGAUUUUAUUCGACAACAAUUUCAAUCCUGAGAUAAAAGAUGUGCAUUUGUCACUGAAUAGACAUUUACCCCCAGUGGCUGCAUCCCUGUGUUUAUUAAUGAAACUUCAUGAAAUAACUCGUUUCCCAGUGCAAUGUAUCAAAUUAAUUGAUCAUCCUUUAAUUAAUGACAAAAUGGAAAAUGUACUCAAGAGCAAAUACGAAGAACUGGAGGCGAUUAUCGAGGAAAAAGAGAAGCAAAUAUUUACCGCUUGGGCAGAGAAACUGCCAGAAAUUUGGGAAACCCACUUGACGAAAACACUUUUAAAAAUUAGGGAGGAUAAGCUGUUCGAAAUGAAUUUCGAUCUGGCUGAGAGUGUACCAGUAGAAUUCCAAUUAGUGGAAGACGAAGUUGAAAACAUCGAUGACUUAAUUAAUUAUGGCCAAGAACAUUAUAAUUGGAACUCGGAAGAGGUUCCGGAAUACAUCGACAAUUUGGUAAAAAUCAUUUGGAAAUUACAUGCUAGAGUAUUUCGUGCGCAAAGGAACUUAAGUAACAUUAUGAACCAAAUGUAUGCUUGGGCAAUGAUGCCAGUUCUUUAUCGCAAAGACGCCAAAGAUGAAAAUUUGUUAUUACUCGCUGACAAGGACGACAGAUUCGCGGAACGAUUUACGGAAAUUGAGGCCACGGCUGAACAUCUCGACCAAGUAUUGAAAGAAAAUUAUAAAUUGUUCUUUGACUUGCUGCCAGAUAACAUCUAUGAUAAAGAAGAGUUAGAAUUAUUAGACGGCUGGACGAGGAAAUAACCGAAGAAAUGGAAUCACCGGAAGAGCAAGAACAAGUAGAAGAAGAAGAGGAAGUUGACGAAGAAACGUUAGCAAUGAGACAUGAAAAAUGGCAGCCUUAUUUAUCCUACGUUGACACGUUGAUUUCCAAAGGUCUUAUUCAAGCUGUCUCUACCAGAAUCUUACUAUUACUUUUCGGCCAUCAGUGGAAGUAGAUGAUCCAGAAGGUUUCUAUGUCUUCUUCGAAUCGCUUCUGCUUGAAAUGAUGAAAAUGGGUACUCUCAUACCACGCAUCGAUCCUGAACUACACGAAAAUCAAGAAAAUUAUGCAAAAUACGAAAUAUAUUCGUGGUUGUGGACGGACGAUAAGCAAGAAUAUUUGUCCUAUUUUGUAAGGUUUUCGCAAUACGUAAGCCCCGAGCAAAGAGAGAUGAUCAAACAACAUCCGGAUUAUAUUCCAGACAACGUGAAAGAAAAGAGACCAAGUUUAACAGACUUUAAACGGGAAAUCGAUUAUUUCAUGAGCCAGUACAACAAGUGCGAUCAACUUCCAGACAGAGAAAUAUUUUGCCGAUGGUUGAAACUCGACGUAAAACCUUUCAAGCAAACGUUGUUGAACAUCAUUUGCAAAUGGGCAAACGUGCUGAAGGAUUAUUUGGUCAAUCGUAUUACCACCCAAUUAAAGGAUUUAUCAGAAUUCUUAAAAGCAGCGAUGGAAGACUUCUCACGUCCUAUACAUGAAGAUGAUUAUGAAGCCCUUUUAGAUACUAUAUAUUAUUUAAAGGAAGUCAGAGAUCGUCAAUACGAAAUUGAAGACAUGUUCGAUCCCAUUAAGAAAACGAUAGAAUUGCUACAAAGUUACAACGUGUAUUUAGACGAAAAAAUCUUUAAUUGGCUGGAAGAAUUGCCUGUUAGUUGGGAAAUAUUGAAAAAAGUAGCUGCUCAAGUGAAACAUGUCGUUCAACCUUUAAUGACUCGUCAAAUCGAUCUUUUGAAGAAGAGACUAAGUUAUUAUGAUUUUAAGCAACAACUUUAUAAAUAUCAUGAAUAUUUUCAUGAUACAAACAUUUUUAAGAUUCAAUUUUUGUAUUGCAGCCCAAUUUGUGAAAAUCCUUACGAGAGUCUGAACAAUUUACAUGAAGAAAUUUUGAAGUUCCUGAGCGAAGAAAAAGAUUUACGUGAUCAGACUGUCAUUUUCGAGCAGGAAAUGCCUGAGUUUAGGAUAACAAAACAGAUACAAAAAGAGAUGCAACUUUUGAAAAUUGUAUGGGAUUAUGUAAAUGUCAUUACAACUUCCCUAAAUGAGUGGAAAAAAACUAUGUGGAAGAAACUAGAUGUCGAAUGGAUGGAUCAAGAAUGCAAGAAAAUCCUCAGAGAGUUAAGACAAUUGGACAAAGAUGUUCGCCCUUGGGAAUUGUACAGCAACGUCGAAGCACAAGUGAGGAACAUGAUGGCAUCAUUGAGAGCAGUCUCAGAAUUGCAGAAUCCAGCAAUUAGAGAUAGACAUUGGAGAGAAUUAAUGGCGGAAACAAAGGUAGUUAACAGUGGUAUCGUUAAUACCGAUUCCAUGGUAUUAUGGAAACUAUUUACUCGUUAUUGCGUAAAUCCUCUACGUUUCUAUGCUCAAGUUGCAGCAACUCGAUUACCAUACAUGGGAAAACAUAUUGUGCUUAUACUUGAACUCGUGGUAUUCAUCAUGACCGACACUACCACGUUGGAAGAUUUAUUAAAGUUACAAUUACAUAAGUAUGAAGAAGAAGUGAAAAAUAUUGUAGCUAAAUCAGUAAAGGAAAUGGCAAUGGAAAAGGUGUUGAAAGAACUUUACGACAUUUGGAGUACGCUUGAAUUUGGCAAAGAACUACACGACCGUACGAAAUUAUAUAUUCUUAAGAUCGAGGAAGAAAAUAUUGAAACUCUUGAGGAUAAUCAGGUGCAGCUACAAAAUAUGUUAGGUUCGAAAUUUGUCGGAUAUUUCCUCGAUGAAAUCCUUGACUGGCAGAGAAAAUUACGUACAGCAGAUGCCGUAAUUAAUGCAUGGUUCGAGGUACAACGAGCAUGGGGUUAUCUAGAAAGUAUUUUUAUUGGUUCUGAAGAUAUUAGGACUCAACUUCCAGAAGAAACGAAGCGCUUUGAAAAAAUUGACAGGGAGUUUAAAGAACUGCUAAGGGAAAUGUUGAGCAAUUUGAACAUCAUAAAAGCAACCUACCGGCCUAAACUUUUAGAAAAACUGGAAGAACUGCAAAUUCAAUUAAAUAUUUGCGAGAAAGCUUUGGCAGAUUACUUGGAAACAAAGAGAUUAAUUUAUCCCAGGUUUUAUUUUAUCUCCUCGGCAGAUUUACUUGAUAUAUUAAGCAACGGAAACAAUCCUGAAUUGGUCUGCAGACAUUUGUCAAAGCUGUACGAUUCUAUUGCGAAAUUAAAGUGGAAAAUGGAUGGCGAUAAGCCGACAAAACAUGCCAUAGUUAUGAUUGCCAAAGACGGUGAAAACAUGAGUAUUUACGGCACCUGUGAUUGUAGUGGAAAGGUGGAAGUUUGGUUGAACCAUGUAACAGAUGCAAUGAAGAGAUCGGUAAGAUACCACAUAUCCCAAGCGGUAACUACAUACGAUGAAAAGCCGCGAGAACAAUGGAUUUUCGAUCAUGAAGCUCAGCCCGCGCUAUGCGGAACUCAGAUUUGGUGGACUACAGAAGUGAACAUGGCCUUUUUGAGAUUAGAGGAAGGCUUCGAGAACGCGUUCAAAGAUUACCAGCGGAAACAAAUUAAUCAGUUGAACGCGUUAAUAGUGCUCCUCGGCGGGGAAUUAAGUGAUAGCGACAGAAGAAAAAUUAUGACAAUUUGUACGAUAGACGUACACGCAAGAGAUGUUGUAGCGAAAAUGAUCGCGAUGAAGGCGGACCAUUUUUCCAGUUUUCAGUGGCAAUCGCAACUUAGACACAGAUGGGACGAUAAAGUUGGUGAUUGUUUCGCUGACAUUUGCGAUGCAUCCUUCAAAUACAAUUAUGAAUAUUUGGGGAAUGUUCCACGAUUGGUAAUAACACCAUUGACCGAUAGAUGUUACAUCACUUUAACGCAAUCGUUACAUCUUAUAAUGGGUGGAGCACCCGCUGGUCCAGCUGGAACUGGAAAAACAGAAACCACGAAAGAUUUAGGAAGAGCGCUGGGCCAAAUGGUUUAUGUGUUUAAUUGUUCUGAGCAAAUGGAUUACAAGUCCUGUGGAAACAUUUACAAAGGUCUUGCUCAGGUAGGAGCAUGGGGUUGUUUCGAUGAAUUCAAUCGUAUUUCAGUGGAAGUGCUUUCAGUGGUGGCCGUACAAGUGAAAUCAGUCUUAGAUGGGGUAAAAAGCCGUAAACCGAUAUUUUUGUUCUUUGGAGAAGAACUUAAUCUCGUUCCUACCGUUGGAAUGUUUAUCACUAUGAAUCCCGGUUAUGCCGGUAGAACGGAAUUACCUGAAAAUCUGAAAACUUUGUUCAGGCCUUGCGCCAUGGUAGUUCCAGACUUUGACUUAAUUUGCGAGAUAAUGCUGGUGGCAGAAGGCUUUCAAGAAGCUAGAUUACUGGCAAGGAAAUUCAUAACACUGUAUCAGCUUUGUCGAGAACUCCUAUCGAAGCAGGACCACUAUGAUUGGGGUUUACGAGCAAUUAAAUCAGUUUUAGUAGUUGCUGGGAAAUUAAAGAGAGGCGAUCCUGAAAGAGCCGAAGAUCAAGUCUUAAUGAGAGCCCUCAGAGAUUUCAAUAUUCCGAAAAUUGUGACGGAUGAUGUACCAGUCUUUAUGGGACUUAUUGGUGAUUUGUUUCCCGCUUUGGACGUUCCACGAAAAAGAGAUCUUGAUUUUGAGUCAACAAUUCGUCAAUCAAUUUUGGAUCUUAAAUUACAACCAGAAGAUGGCUUUAUAUUAAAAGUUGUACAAUUGGAAGAAUUGCUUCAUGUUCGUCAUUCAGUUUUCAUUGUUGGCUUCGCUGGAACCGGAAAAACUGAAGUUUGGAAAACGCUUAAUCGAACGUACUUCAACCAACAAUUAAAACCAUAUUACAACGAUUUAAAUCCAAAAGCAGUGACUAACAACGAACUUUUUGGAGUUAUUAAUCCUGCAACGCGAGAAUGGACAGACGGAUUGUUCUCCGUGAUAAUGAGAGAUCAGGCAAACAUGACGGGAAACGAUCCAAAAUGGAUCAUUUUUGACGGCGACAUAGAUCCAAUGUGGAUUGAGUCAUUGAAUACUGUAAUGGAUGACAACAAAGUAUUAACUCUGGCUAGUAACGAAAGAAUCGCUUUAACGGCACAUAUGAGACUUCUCUUCGAGAUUUCAAAUCUUAGAUUUGCAAUUAGCUGGAUAGAAACGAGAGACCCAGCUGAAAGAGCAAACUUAACCAUUCUAUUCGAUAAAUAUGUCCCAUCCCUCAUAGAAGUAACAAAAUUUAAGUUUAAAAAAAUUACACCAUUGCCAGAAAUUUGCCACGUGGAAAUGCUUUGUAAAUUAUUAGACUAUUUUCUAGUCAAAGAAAACUGGUGGCAAAACGAAUUUAAAAGUAUUAAGUUUCCUGCUGGCAGCAAUGUAUUCAAUUUUUUCAUCGAAAAUGAAACAAGAAAAUUAGUUCCAUGGACUGAGAAAAUACGACCCUUUGAACUGAAUUCUGAUAUACCUCUUCAAUCCACUUUAGUGUCAACUGGAGAAACUGCACGUCUACACUUUUUCCUGGACGUUUUCAUACAACAACGUGUACCAGUAAUGCUAAUAGGCGCAGCAGGAUCAGGAAAAAGCGUAAUCAUUGCCGAGAAGCUUUCAUCCCUUCCCGACACUUAUAAUAUUGCCAGUGUGCCUCUUAAUUAUUAUACUACAUCUGAAAUGCUGCAAAGAAUCAUGGAAAAACAUUUGGAAAAAAAAACUGGUAGAAAUUACGGGCCACCUGGUAUGAAGAAAUUAAUUUAUUUUAUUGAUGAUAUGAAUAUGCCUGAAAUUGAUACCUACGGAACUGUCCAACCCCAUACACUUAUUAGACAACACAUUGACUACAAUCACUGGUAUAUAAAUAUUUUAAAUAUUUAA